GUUUGAGUGAUCACUGCAUUGAAGCACUUGAGAGACUGUCCUUGACUUCAAACUUGAGAUCUGUUAUCAUCUAUAUUAUCAUCUCUUCGCCAAUUGUUUACCACAAUAUUUGUUUGUCUUUGUGCUACAAACCAGCCAAUAGUACAUUCACACAGACUUUCCAUUGAUUGACACAAAUUCAGAUCAAUUCAAUUGUUUCUUCACUACAAGACAUUCAAAACACAAAGUGAUGGCAAGUCUUAAGUUAGUGUCCAAAAUAAAUGGCAAGAAAUCGUUGGCAUCGAUGGCGCCAAUGGUGAACUCUAUAAGACAUCACCAAUGGUGGACUCAAGUAGAGAUGGGUCCGCCCGACGCCAUCCUCGGUGUGACCGAAGCCUACAAGAAGGACACAAACCCUAAGAAAAUCAAUUUAGGUGUCGGUGCCUAUCGGGACGACAACAGCAAACCAUUUCUACUG